CUCAUGGUUACCCUUUAAAGAUUGCCGAUCAAUUGCACUAAACUCUACGAUGUAUUGAUCGUCCCCCCGCCGCUGCAUAGCUCAUUGAUCUUCGAAUAUACCAAGACCGGCUGGAUUUAAAUUCGGAACAGAUGCCUUUCAGGUUCUAGGAACUAUUACCCAGAAUCACCACUCCAUUAUACGAUAUGGCCAAAUCCGCAAGACGAGCCGGAAAGGCAAAGGCCUCAGUCACCCCCUCCAUAUCAUCAUCAGGCGCUUCAACUCCAAGCUCACAAUCGGGACCCCUUCCUCCGUUUACCAAAGCUCCCGCGUCUCUCCAGCCCUUCCUCGAACCGCUCUCCCCGAACGAAGUGUACCUCGUCCACAUCGACACCUCUCCCCAAGACCUCAAGAAGCAGACCUUCCUCGCACCCGCCGUACUCAAUGUUGUGAUCACUGCUCUUUUAGCUUUCCGGGCCUACAUGGUCCGCAACUUCUACCCGGCACUAUUGGCCCCGUUGAUCGGGCUCACCAGCACUGUGGCAGUAGACACGUCAACUAUGUCAUGGGGAGAAAUGGCAAACGUAGCCCUGCGCCGAACGGGCAAUAUCGUGAUCGACUACUUUCUAGUGACGGUCUUUCUAUCUUGGCCAAUUGGUUUCGUCAAGGGCCCUGUCAAGUGGCGCUCCAAGAUCGGCUUCCGUGACCAGGAGAUCAUCGUCCGCCGCAGCCAGCCCACUUUGAGCCGAGGAUUGGACCGCAGCCGCUGGAUCAAGGACAAUGAAGACAUGAGGGACAAGAUCGUGGCCGCGGUAACACCGGACCGGGUCAAGAAGACGGGAUACUUGCUCGUGGAUGCAGACUGGAACCUUGACUACGAUGCCAUGAUCAAGGCACACGAGCUGGUAGACAACGCGAAGAAAGAGGAUGGGCUACCGUUGGAUGAGUUCCGGACUGCUGUAAUCGUCAACACAGACGCUGAUGGCUGGUUGAUCUGGCACGUGGAAGAUGAGGACACACCUGAAGGAAGAGAGCGAUCGAGCCAGCGAGACCAGAUCUUGGCAUUUAAAGAUAAACUGACGGCCAUGGGUAAAGAGGAUCUCUUCUUCCGUUGGGUUGAGUUAAUUCAAUAUGAAAGCACACAGCCCGGAGGGUUUACUCCCGAGAGGCAGCAGUCAGCGAUGGUGCAGGCAAAGAAACUCUUUGAAGAUGAAAACGUUGAUUUUGCUCGCUUUUGGGAGGAAGUUGGUGGGCUGCAGGGAUUUACUGACCAGCUUGAUUGACCUCAUGCCUGUCUCGCUGUCAGUCUUUCUUUACUACUUUUCUUGUAGCUUUCUACGGUUUAAUUCGCAUUAUCAAUGCUAUUGGCGUUACAUGUUACCGAGGAUUGCUUAGCAUUCGGGGGAAAGCUUUCAUUUUAUGAACAUAUCAGCGUCUAGUUCAAUAACCAUUUUUUGUAUUUUCCC